GACUCGAGACGUCACCUUCGGAACCGAAUCGAGCCGAUAUAUAAUAAGGAAAGACGUCCUAUUGGGGGUAGAAUCACACUAAAACACCCCUUCUUCUGGAUGGACCGUAUUAUGGAGAGACAUGCUGUUGGGGAGAUAAGUUAUCAAGAGUCGACUAUCUUUGCUUAUUACCUACCUCGCUGAUUUUGAUUAGGUAGCUUAUUAAAUCAUCUAUAGGGAGAAUCUCCACUUCACCUCUCUUUAAUUGACUUAUCUCAAUCCAUAAUUCUUAAUCAAUCGUCUCUCUGCCUGAUCAGCCUCUUCAUUUUCUCUCUCUUCAUAGUCCUCUUGAUUAUAUUCAAAAAUUAUAAUAUUUUAUAUAAAUUUAUAUUUAUUUAUUUAAGUAUAGCAAAUCAAUUUUUUAUUCUUCUCCUCCUCUGUCGAUCACUCCUAAAAAUGCUCUCAAUAACAACUAACUAAACAACACACUUUUCCGUGUGUUUGCCAUUUGAUUAUUGCCCAUCUUUUCUGUAUAUUUAUUUAUAUGGUGUCGGCCCACAUUUUUUUUCUACCUUCUUUCCUCUAUCGCCGCGUAUCACACCCCAAAUAUAUGACCAAAUCACUAAAAAUAUUUUACAAGCAUUUUCCCAUCCAGUAACUUAACUGCGCUCCUUUCCUCAUUUUUUUGCCUCCUUUAAAACCUUAACUUGUUCUUAUCGAUGACAUUACCAUUUUUUGUGAUUCUUGUCUCUCUAACUUUGUAAUAGUUUAUUUUUGAUAAGAAGGUUUUUAAAAUCAAUCGCCCAGGUUAGAAUUGCCGGAUACAUAGUUAUGGAUGUAAAUCAAGCUUGAUAAACUCCGAACGCAAAAAUAUGACUUAGGGUCGUCACACUUAGGGUCGCCACUCGUCACAGAACAAUCUUAAUUUAAAGAAUAUAUCCGAAGAUUUCAAGUAUCCGCCAACUUUAGAGCCUAGAUCGAGAAGCUCAGAAAGUCUAGAAAUUAACAUGAAGCCAAAAACUCCUCUCUGAUACUUAGACAGUUAUUAUAUCAAACUAUUCACCUCUCUCACUUUGAAAUUUGAUUUAAAUUUUGUUCAGUAAAAAGAUACCAUCUUAAUUUCAAUUUAGCUUGAUUAUUUAAUUUUUAUCGUGUUUUAAUCAAUUUCAAAUUUAAUUUACUUAUUAUUGACAGUAUACUUAGUUAAAAUAAUGGUUAAAACUUCUGAACCCAGUACAACAACAUUAUUAGAUAAUAAUGGUGAUUCAAUCUGCAGAUCUCAUCAAGCUUCAGAUGAUGAUGCGAGUAAUGCAAACGACUUUAAUAAAAAGUCACAAAAUGGAGGUACUACUUCCUUCUUUGACCUACCCGGAUCGUCUAUUAAUUCAACUACUAAUACCUCUACUUCCAAUUCAGGGCAUUUAACUGUUGAGAAAUAUAUUCUUCAAUUGCAGCAAAAAGAUGAAAGGAUUCGUACUUUAAAAGACGAAAAUAAACGGUUACGCUCUACACUCCUUUCCAAGACUAGCGAGUUUCAAAUUCGAGUGGAUGAGUUGGUUACGGAGUUGGAAAGGCAGGCUGAGAUUGUCAAAAAGCUCCAGAAUGAAUUGGCAAUAUACCGAAGGAAUGCUGCUAAUAAUACUUACAAUGAGAGUGCUUCGAGGGACCUUGUUUCAAAAAAAUUGUCGACUUCCGGAUCAUCCAUUUCACACAAUCCUUCCUUUGUCUCUCCCAAAUCAACAAACACUUCUCCUUAUAAAAAUAUCCGAUCAAAUGAUUUACAAACUGACGAUAUUUUGGCUAAAUUGCAAAGCUUUAAUGAAAGAAAUGGUGUUGUAGAUGUUCAAAAACAACAACAACAACAAAUUAUUUUGGGUACGAAGAAGAAGAAAUCUUCCUUAAAAAGCCCUCCAAUAAUUCAAAAACAACAAAGUUGUGAAGUCCCUUCAAUUUUUCAGAAUGUUGAUCAUAAUGUUGAAGAGACUGAAAAUCAACAGCAACAACAACAAAAUUUAAUCCCAAUUGAACAAUUAUGCAAAAUGAUAUCUGAAAAUCCUGCUACAUUAUUACCUGCUGCUGCACUUAUUUUUGGUAGUGCUUCGAUAACAACCACAACACAACAACCAGUUUUAAAGGAAGAAAAUGAAUAUGAAGAAGAUAAAGUUGAGGAAGAAGAACAAAAUAAUUUUGAGGGACAAGAACAAUCAACACAGGACGCUGCUGAAGCAGCUGCUAAUCUUAUUAGUUUUUUAAUGGAAUCAACAAAUAAUUCGAAUAAUUUGGCUGAUCCAACCCCAUCCUCUUCUUUUGCUUCAACCUCAACUUUCCACAACGAUUCUAUCCCUCAACAAAAUUUUCCUUCUCAUCGCCGUAGCAAAUCACGUCGAAAUUCAACCAAUUCAGCACUAACAGAAACUCCUUCCCAACGUCAACUUCAACAAAGUUUAGAUUUUGAGGAGGUAAUGCAACGUGUAAUAGGUGAAGCAAUGAAUGGAGGGGUAAUUGACAACAACAACAAAACUUUAAUUAAUGAAACACACCCUAACGAGAAGCAAAAUAUUGAAAAUAUUUUGAAGAAUAAUAAACAAAAAUUAACAGCAACAUCGUCUUUGAAUAUUUCUUCACCUUUGACUACAACGCCAAAUAAUAAACAUAAUUUUUUGACACCCAAUUUGAAUUCUUCAAAGAAGUCAAUAAAUCCAUCAAAUCAUCUAUCCAAAAAUAAUGGAGGCGCAAAAUCAAAUGGUAAUACUCCACAUACUUCUACUGUAAAACCCUUUACUCCGGAAGAACAAAAACUUGCUAAUGAGAUUGAAUCUCGAAUCGACGCAAAUAUUCUCAAAAUUGAAAAUUGUCAUUUAAAUACAACUGAAUUGGCCCUUCAAUGUACUCGAGUAAUGCGCGAAUAUGGUAUUGGGCAACGCUUAUUUGCACGUACUGUAAUGUGUAAGGUAUCACAGGUGAAAAUUUAUUUAAAUUAGAAAUUGAACUAAUUUCGAAAUUAACAUUUUAUGACUUCAAAGUAGGGUAGCACCCCGAGCUUCCGGGGUCGGGUGUGUCGGUGAUUGGGGUUUGUCAGAGUAGAAGCUUCGAGGUUCGGGUCAGGAGUUUUUUCAAAAAAUCGUCGGGUCUUCAAGGGAUUACUACCCUAAUUUUAGGCUCAGACUCUUCUUAACCUACUCUAGACUCUUCGUUAUGUUUGGCGUUUCGCGUUAUUUUCAAAUUAAAAUAUCUGUGCACAGCAGAGGGAUAUUCACUUCCGUGUUCCGAUUUCACGUUUUAUUUUGUCUAUCUUCCGUCUUCCUCUUUUUAAAAUUCGGUAGGGUC